AUGCAUCCGUUUUUCAAUGAUAAGCUGUAUAAAGAAAAGACAAAUGGUAUCGAAAUUGUACAGUUUGUUGGAAUAGGGAGAAAAAAAAACAAAGGACGAGGUAAUAGCGCAGAUAAUGACGAUGAUGCUACCAAUGAUGAUGAUGAUGGAGAAGAAGAAGUUGAUGAAGGUGACGAAGGUGAUGACGAUAUGGUUGUGGCGGUUGAUGAUGAUGAUGCCCAGUCAACUCCCGUAAUUGGUGGUUCAUGUGAUUUGGGAUCUGCCGAAGUUCAGAUUGGUGGAAAACAAACGCAAUUUUUUCUAAAAUGUGAACCUAAUCAAGAGUCUCAGGAAGGUAAAGGCGUAUGGGUGGUGAAAAGCCGAAAUGCUGCAUCGCCAACGGCAAUUCCGCAGCCAUCCACAACGCUUCCGCCGGCAAAUACCGAACCACAACAGCAUCCGAAGCAACUCCGAAAGCAACCAAGCAUCAUUUGCUGUCCGACUUCAUCUUAG